ACAGCUGCAGUUUUGUUCUGUGUGGAGUAUUUAAGUAAAACAACAAAUCUGUGUCUCUGUUCUUCAGGUGUGUUUGCUGAUACAGUUACAGUGAAGUCAGUGUCAGUGCUGGAGGGAGAUUCAGUCACUCUUCACUCUGGUGUGACUGCUAUAACAGAUGUAGAACAGAUUCUGUGGAGGUUUGGAUCUGAAAACACUUUAAUAGCUGAAAUUGAUGUACUGGCCGGCAUCGUCACUGUACCUGAUAAUGUUCUUGGUGGGAGAUUCAGAGACAGACUGAAGCUGGAUCAUAAAACUGGAUCUCUGAUCAUCACAAACACCAGAACUGAACACACUGGAGACUAUCAAUUACAGACCAGCAGUGUGAGGAAGAGAUUCACUCUCACUGUCUACGCUCGUCUUCCUGUUCCUGUCAUCAUCAGUAACUCUUCACAAUGUUCUUCUUCAUCAUCAUCAUCAUCAUCUUCAUCACAGCAGAAUUGUUCACUGGUGUGUUCAGUGGUGAAUGUGGGUCAUGUGACUCUCUCCUGGUACAAAGGAAACAGUUUAUUGUCCAGCAUCAGUGUGUCUGAUCUCAGCAUCAGUCUCUCUCUACCUCUGGAGGUGGAAUAUCAGGAGAAAAACAGCUACAGCUGUGUGAUCAACAAUCCCAUCACAAACCAGACCACACAUCUCAACAUCACUCAGCUCUGUCAACGAUGUUCAGAUGUACACAUCCAUAGCUGUGAUACAGUUGAAGCUGUGAUGCGAUUGGUCGUCACUGCUCUGAUGGGCGUGGCUUCUGCAGCUGCUGCUGUUCUUCUGGUCAAUGACGUCAGAUCUGCUAGAGGAUAAAAGAAAACAGAGCUGUUUUAGUUUUAAUUGUAAAGAUUAAAAUAUGUGUGGUUUAAUUAUUUAGUGAUGUUAUAAUGAAACUUUGCUUACCAAUGCUUUCAUCUGAACCAAUCUGGAAAAUGUUUAUUACCUAAAUCUUGUGUAUUAGGGCCAUCUGGUGGCCAAAAUGAUAUAAAUAUUCUUAAAUGUUUCAUUUUAUUAUUUUUACAAUUCCUAAUUACACUUUUAAUAUGAAUAAACUUCUUAAUAUA